GAGCUUCGCCAUGUGCCUGAUCCUAGAGAUGCAGCGUCUUGAACCGAGCCGCGUCACGGUGGAGGAUGAGCCAGCCGCCAACUUGCGGAACGUUAUCAACCAUAAGGCUGGCUGAGCUUAAGAACUUUGGCAUUUGCGCCCCAUUCAACCGGGACUUUGGUGCUCUACCGGGUCCAAUAGGUGGCUGCCUAGCUUCUCGAAGGAUUCGAGGGGCUUUUCAUCCAGUCACGCGGCACGGCGCUGUAGUACCGAAGCAAGCCAAUACCAAAGUCCCAGAGCUGAGCCUCAUUCUGCAUUUCGUGAUGAGCGUCUGCCAUGUCGGAGAGCGAACGCUCUGUAGGGCGAGUUGGAUAUAAUAUCCACGACUUCGGACGUGAGUUCGGACGGAUUAAGUAGACAAGCUUCAAAACACGCGACUCAUUUCAGACAAACAAUGGCUACCCCAACACCUACCAGUGCGUCUCCUGCGAGCGUGUCUUCGUCCGACUCGUUGCCAUCAUGCACAACGGCAGUCCCGGGCAAGUACGGACACGUCCCGAUCGACGCCUGCAAUUCGUACUAUGCCUUUGAUCCUAGUUUUGGAGGCAAUGUCGCGUUUGCCGUUCUCUUUGGCCUGUCGUUUAUCGCACACAUUGCCCAAGCCAUUCUUUACAGAAAGAGAUUCUGCUGGGUUCUUUGCGUCGGCGCCUCGUGGGAACUUAUAGCUUUCAUUCUCCGGUCCCUCGGCGCCAGGGAUCAACAGCAGAUUGGUUACCAGAUUGGCGGUCAGCUCUUGUUCCUACUCGCUCCACUUUGGAUCAAUGCAUUCGCCUACAUGCUCUCCGCCAGACUCGUGUACCUCGUCCUGCCCGACCAGCGCGUUUUCCGCGUCAAAGCGACGGCCCUCACCAAGAUCUUCGUCACCAUGGACGUCGUCUGCUUCCUGGUGCAAGGGGCGGGCGGCGCGAUGAUGUCCAACACGGAGACCGCAUCGGACGACCCCAUCCUGCGGACCGGCAAGCAGGUGUACAUGAUUGGGUGCGGCUUGCAGCUCGCUUUUAUUGUCGUCUUUUGCGGGCUCAUGGGUCGCUUUUACGCCAAGAUGAGGCGGGCACAGAGAUUCGACCUCGAUUUGAAACGGAUCGGGGCCAUUGUGUUGGUGAUGUUUGUGGUGCUGGUUCUCAUCAUUAUCCGGAUCAUCUUUCGGUUGGUCGAGUUCGGACCGGGGGCGAACAUGGACAACCCGAUUCUGACAAACGAGAACUACGCGUUCGGGCUCGACGCACUGCCGAUGGUGCUCGCGCUCAUGUUGCUCAACGCUGUGCAUCCGGGUAUUGUGCUCAGGGGCGAGAACAGCGAGUUUCCUCGGCUGUCGAGGAAGGAGAAGAAGCAGGUGAAGCUUGAGAGGAAGGCUGCCAAGAGAGAGUCCAAGCUGGCCAAGAAGGUGGCGAGGGAGCAGAACAAGAAGGAUAAGGCGACGGGCUUGGAGGUGGAUAGUGAUGAGGGUAACUAUGUUGCCAUGGAAGAGAGGCCGUUGGCGGCGGACGAAUAUGACAGCGAUGACAGGACUGGCGGUAGGGGAAGCCAUCAUGUCUAGAGGGAAACGAGACUGCCACUGUUCCGAGCCAAGGUACCUACUUACCGUGUCCUGGAUUGUGGCAUCAUGUGUAGAAUCAGUGU